GUGUCGUUUUAAAGAAUGUGCAUAUUUUGUGUACAGAGCGGAUUAAGAUUAUCUCAAGAGAUUGUCCUAUGGGGCAAAUUAGAAGUUGUGAGAUUUCCUCUUGAGGUCUACGCGGUGAUGUAUCUGUAGUUUGGUCGCUACCGAUCAUUUUGAUCUGCCUAAUUAUCGCAGUUUUGGCCUAUCAACGUUUCGGCUUCUCGACAUAAACUAUGCCUCUCCCUAUUUAUAUCCCUGACUUGAAAACCCUCCUCUGAAAAUCGCAAGACGCUGAAGCUUGUUUGUAGACAAACCAAAUCAGAAGUUGUGACAUUUACUCUUGUGCUGUGCGGGAUGAUGAACCUGCUGUUUGAUCGCUAUCUUUCAUUUUGAUCUGCCUAAUUCUCGCUCUUUUGACCUGUCAGCGUUUCUGUUUCUCGCUAUAAACUAUGCCUCUCCCUAUUUAUAUCCCUGACGUGAAGACCCUCCUCUGAAAAUAGCAAGGAGAUGAAGCUGGUUUGUCCACAAACUAAAUUAAAAGUGUUAGACUAUCUCUUGAAGACUGCUGGAUGAUGAACCUGCAGCUUGGUCGUUAUCGAUCAUUUUGAUCUGCCUAAUUCUAGCUGUUUUGACCAUCAGCGUUUCGCCUUCUCGCCAUAAAACUAUGCCUCUCCCUAUUUAUAUCCCUGACCAUCUUCUGAAAAUGGCAAGAAGCUGAAGCUUGUUUUUCGACAAACUAAAUCAAAAGUUGUGAAAUUUCCUCUUGAGGUUUACGCGGUGAUAUACUUGUAGUUUGGUCGCUACCGAUCAUUUUGUUCUGCCUAAUUCUCGCCCUUUUGACCUCUCAGGAGUUUCGGCUUCUCACCAUAAACUAUGCAUCUCCCUAUUUAUUUCCCUGACCAAAAUAUCCUUCUCUGAAAAUGGCAAGAAGCUGAAGCUUGUUUGUCGACAAACUAAAUCAGAAGUUGUGAAAUUUCCUCCUGAAGACGGACCUUGCGGGACGAUGAACCUGUAGUUUGGUCGCUACCGAUCAUAUUGAUCUGCCUCUCCCUAUUUAUAUCCCUGACUUGAAGUCCCAACACUGAAUAUGGUAAGAACCUAAACCAGGUCUGCAGGGUGCUGAAUCUAAAGUUUGAUCCGUUACAUAUCAUCCUGGUUCGCCUAUCUUCGCCGGUUUUCUGACUAAAGGUGGCAAAACAAAGACAACUAUAAAUCAGAAGUGUUAGCUACUUUGAAAUGGACAUCGCUCUUGUCUGCCAUUAGUGGAAGACGUCUAUUUCCUAAAGUAAGACAAGGGGGAUAUGCUAUUUGACAAAUAGUUCGUGCCUCAUGGUCGGGUGCUCUACCCGCACCAAAAAUCUUUCACGAACACCGGGAAUCUUUUCCUUCCUUUGUUUCACACCCGGUUACAUAAUAGGAGGUUGUUCACUUUUAUUCUUUUCCGUCUGGUUCCCAUGGCUGUCGAGUAACGCUGGCAAUUGUUUUAUUUCGAUUUGAGGAAGCCCACGGGACAUUGUAACAGUUUUAUUUCUAUGUUUAGGUUUUUAGAUGAUUUACCGUUGUCUUGUAUGGCAUUUUUGCCCGGUGGACAGCACUGAGCAUUCUCUUGUCUUUUAAUUAUUUUUUAUUUUUUUAAAUACUACCAUAUGAGAAAAAAUAAAUAACAAUCUGAAACACAUCUGAACACCAGGUUGUUUGUUAUACCGUCGACUCGAUCGUUUUUAUUGUUGUUAAGUUUAGUUAGUGAUGAGAGGAAAGGAAUGGAUUCUUGUGGAACGAGGUCGCCCUCUGAACACGGUGACUUUUGAGAGUCCAUCGCACAACGCAACCAUUCUCUCUGGUUUGAAUGUGCUCAGAUCUAAAGGUCAUUUAUUAGACAUAACAUUAAUUGCACAAGGGGAAACAUUUCAGGCGCACAAAGUUGUAUUAGCAUCAUGUAGCGAUUACUUUCGAGCUAUGUUUACCGAUGCAAUGAAGGAAUCGAGGCAGUCUGAGAUAUGCCUUAAUGGUGUCUCAGCGGCAGGAAUGAGGCUGCUUUUAGAGUACGCUUAUACUUCAAGGCUAGCUCUCAAUCUCGCCAACGUCCAAGAUGUCCUUUCUGCUGCUUCUCAUAUACAGCUCGUUGCUGUCGUGGAAGCGUGUUCAAACUAUCUACAAUCACAGCUUGAUCUUGACAAUUGUGUUGAUAUCGCUACCAUAUCCGAGACAUAUUCCCUGAAACAGCUGCGAACGGUAGUGUACAGAUACAUGUCCUGUCAUUUAGUCGAAUUCGCAAGAAGUUCAGAAUUUACACGCUUACAUCCUCAGCAACUGGAAUACCUCCUGUCAUGCGAUUUCCCUGUCGACUGCCCUGAAGUUGAAGUGCUCGAAAUAACACUAAGAUGGCUGCAGUGUUAUCCUUUAGAUUCCCACAGCAAAAGUAUGUGGAUAACACGAUUAGUGCACAAAAUUCAUAUAAGUGAGGUGAGCUGGUGGGAGCUGGAUACUCUUUUGGAAGCGAGAGAGCAUUAUUUAGCCAAGUUGGUUUACGAGGCCAUUCGGCAGAACAGACACCACAGAAAUUCUUCCAACUCAUCUACUGCACUAUUAUCUCCAUCGUCACCAUUAGUUAAUUCUAGAGGGAUGACUCUUGCAAUAAUCAAGGUCGGUGGAUUCGGAAUGGGAGGAAUUACAAAUGAAAUUACAUACAUGCAACCAAGUUCAAGAAAGUGGAGGCAUCUCACAUCGAUUCCUCACGUUGAACAAUGCAACUUCGGAACUGCCGUUUUGAACAAUGAUCUCUAUGUCGUAGGAGGAUGCUUCAACCAGUCGCUGCAGGAAAAUAUUCACCCUUUCGGGUUUCGUUAUUCCCCGCGGAGAGACUCCUGGGCCACAAUGGCCCCAAUGCAGAGAGAAAGAUGUAGAUUUUCGCUUAACGUGCUUUCUGGCUAUUUGUUCGCAGUCGGAGGUGUGAGCGAGGGAGAUGGAAUAGUAUCAGAAUGUGAAAGGUAUGAUCCGAGCACAGAUAUAUGGGAACGGGUUGCACCUUUGCCUGGACCAAGCACGCAACACGCAGCUGCAACUUUAGACAACUACUUGUACAUCUCUGGUGGCCUUGACAGGGAUAUUACUUUAAGUAGUAUGAAAAGGUAUGACAGUGAACAAGACAGAUGGGAGAUUCUCACCCCACUUCCCACCCCACGUGCAGAUCAUACCAUGCUAAGUCUCCAAGGAAGGCUUUAUGUUUGCGGUGGAUGGCUUGAAGACGAGCUGACUGCAAAUAGAGUUUUAGUGGAUUCCAUAGACUGUUAUGAUCCUGCUGAAGGUAGGUGGACGACAGUAGCAACAGUUCCAACACCAAGGUAUCAUGCAGGUAUCGUCGCGUACAACAACAAAAUUUACUUUAUCGGAGGUUACCGUAGUGACGCUAUGUUCGAUACUGCUACUGCUGUGAUCGAAUGUUACGACUUGACAAGCGGCGCUUGGACAUCUGAAGAAAAAUACCCCCAGGACAUUUGGGAGCACACAUGUGUCACUCUUUACAUACCGACUUGUAGGGAUGACAUGGAGGUUUUGACUGCAACAAAACUUUAAAGUGCUUGCAAUUGCUAUAUAUUUCACCGUAACAUUUUUAACUGUAUUGAUAUAAUUUUAUUUAUAGACAUAAAAAAAAUCAAAAUGUUUGCCAUAUUUUUUCCUUUAAUUAUGUGAUAUUUAAACAAAUGUGUCUUAUAUAUAUUUAAUGUAUUAAUUUUUAUUGAAUAAGGGGCAAAUUAUUUUUUAAUAAAAUUAUUGAAAGUUUAUAUAAAUACUGUCCGUUAAAAAAAAAAUCUUAGUUACAAUAAUUUUGUAGCUAUACUUUUUCAGUACCUGUCUGUGGAUUUAAAUAACUACAAAUUUUAAAUUAAAAGAUAUUUAAAUUAACUUCACUGUAUCUAGAAUAAGUAUUUAUUUUGCAUUGAUUUUUGUAAUAUAUUUUAUUUAUUAUAAGUAGUUUAAAGUUUGUCGAUUUGGCUUAUAUGUGAUAUUUAUUACUUUUAUAUAGUCAUAACGAUGAAGAUGUGAUAUUCUUUGAAGGGAGGAAAUUAGAAGACAUUAAACUAAAUGUACCUUUGAUUGGCUAUAAGAAUUGUGUAUAUUUAAUAUUUGUUACAUAUGUUGUUAAUAUUAUCAUAAAUAUUUUAUUUAUAUGUAAUUUAAAAGGGCUUUCAAGGCCCUCUUCUAUUUAUUAUUACACAUUAAUUAAUGUUAUUUCUUAGCAAUAGGGAUUUUGUAAAGAAUAUUCAGUGGUAUAAUGAUUUGGGUUUUAAUACUUUAACUAUAUUGCAAUGUUCAAAUUAAUCGAUAAAUUUAUAUCAAACGUCUCCACACAACCAAUUGUGAAUUUUUAAGACAUGUUUUUGGAUUGAAGUAUAAAGCAUAAAUAGAAAUAGUAUUUAGAUUUAAGUGGUGCAGUAAGACUGCUUACAAUUCCAUUGCUCAAAUAAAACAUAACAAUAUUUCAGAUAGUUUAAAAUGAAUUCAAAGAAUUAAAAUAUUCCUAUACAGUUCUCAUGUAAUCUAUUGCUUUGUUUGCUAAGUGAUUAAACAUUUACGUUUUAUAUUUAAACCGUUACUCACAUCCGGAUAAGUGAUUAAUUAAAUACAAAGUCAAUACUGCGAUUAAAUAAUUGUGAUAGCGACAAACCUCAAGCUCAAAACAAAUUUGAUUUAAAUGAGGCACAAAAACAAAGGGGGAAAACUAACGAUGUGACUACCAAGUUGAGACGGGAUUAGCAAAAAUCCAAUUGUGUACAUCUGUCAGUUCUGUGUAUAAAACAUGUGCUCAACAUUUGUGAAUAUUUGGAUUGGCCCUUCCAAAACGUGGCCACUUGUAUAAUGAUAAUGACAAAUAAAGCUGAUACUAUAUAUAUUUA